AAAGUCAAGAAAGAAUCGUCAAUGGUAAAUUGUCAGACACGUGUAAGGACUUAUUAGCAGUGUCCUACUUCAAGCAGGAGAAACACUGGCCUAAUUUGCUCCGCAAAAAUAUCAACGACGACAACCCAAAUUUAUCAUGUUCCAUGUCCAGAUGCACAAAAAAGCUUUUGACCGGGAAGGCAAGUCUUCUUAAACGUAAAGUGGACGUACUUCAAACGCCAGAAGACGAUUCCGAGUCGGAAUGUUCAGAAAAUUCGUGUGAUGCUGAACCCGUAGUCGAGGGCAGCGAUGAGUAUGAAUUGCCUGUAACUAGUAAUUUUAUUAUUAGCGUUACAUGCCUACAAGAAAUGCUCGAAAAUGCGGCAGUAUGCAAAGAUUUUUUCAGCCCUUUAACGCUCUUAGAAAAGAAAGGCUCGAGACAAGGAUUGGCUGCAAUGUGGUUGUGCGUCGCAUCAGACGCGAGUUCCAACGCCAACAUCUGA